AAUUGAACAGUGUCAGAUGGAAUCUGUAUCUCUGGAACAUUGGGUGACCUCAGGCUCAGAAAUGUUCCUGGAAUAUUCUGACUCUGAAAGAGAGUCUGACUCUGAUAAUGAAAUGAAGAAAGAAGAAAAACGUCAAAUGGCUUCAGAUUCUAUAAAACGUCUAAUGACAUCUGAAAAAACAAUGAUGGAGACUGAAAAUUUCUGGAAGAUUCCUGAUUCUGAGAGUAUUGCAGUGGACUCAAGCAUAGAAAAAGGUAGAACAUCAAUAUCUAAGCUACAUCUGAUACAGAUGGAAAAAAUAGAAAAGCAAAGAUCUAAGAGAUAUAUGGAGGACUCUGACUCUGAAACAAGUGAGAUGGACUCAGAUUCAGAAAGACAUGAGCUAGCCUCAGCAGCUGUGAAAUGUUUCAUGGAUACAAAAACAUUUCAUCUGAGCACUGCUAGUAACAGGUUCUCAAAGGAUUCUUGGUCUGAACGAAGAACAGUGAACUCAGACUCUGAAAGCCCUGUGAUGUCCUCUGAUUCUGUGAAGCACUUGAAGAAGGCCGAAACAUGUAAAAGUACUUGUAACUUGGAAAGACUGAAGGUGGCUCAGAAAACUGAGUCUCUGCAGGAUUGGUUGGAUGCCAAAAGAAAACAGUUAGAUUCUGAUCAUAGUGGACACUGGGAUAACUCUGGAAAAUAUCAGUUUAAGUCUAUAGUACCUCAAGAUAGCUUUGGAAAAUGUCAGGGUGACCUUCAAACAUUUCAGAGUAUCACUGAAAAAGAUCAAGUAGACUCCAGUUCUGAAGAAUAUCAGAAAAAAAACGGAAAUGAAAGAAAUCAAAAUGAACCUGAAAGUAAAAGGACAGAGAAGGGUUUUGACAAUGAGGGGUUUCAAAUGGUUAAGGAAAAAGAAGGACAUCUCAUGGAGUCUGACCGUCAUGAUUCAGAAAAUGAAGCACACCGGCUUGGUGCUCGUAGAAAGGAUAAUCGUCCUCCAGGUUUUUGGAGGCCUAUUACCCUUACUCCAAAGCUUGGCCAGGAAAAGAAAACUAAAGAACAUACAUAUGUACAGCAAAAAGAUAACAGAGUUUGCAGAAUUCAAUUAGCAAGAUACAAGAGUGAAGACAAAACUGUGAGAUUCAAAGAGGCAUCUUCAAGUCUCAGUGACAAACAACUCUCACAGGAAAAAAUAAAGGAAAAGCACAGCGAUAGCUUUUCUCCAGAAUCUCACACAUUCACACAUGAAAAGUAUCACAGAAAAGCCAGCCGGAAACUAUCUUUUGAUAAACGCCAUUGCAGGGAGUAUAGAUAUGCACAUGGUUGUGAGAGUUUUAGGUAUCAAAUUACUUCCAUUCCUCCAAGUUCUGAGUCUUCCACCUCUAAUGUAUCAUCACUUGUCAGCAGCCCAAAUUCUAAGAGUCGUAAGUCUGCCACAAGACAGAAGACACGAAGAAGUAUUACAUAUUCUUUGGAUGUGGAAACUCAAAGAUGCACCAGAUGUUUUAUGGAAAUUAGUAACUCUUCUUUUCAUAAAUGCCCCACACAUUCUGAUGACUCUGACUCGGACUCUCCUUUACAUGAACAGAUUUCAUCAUAUUCUAAAUAUUCUCUGCGCUCUAAAACUACUAGACACUUCAAGACUUCUCGAAAUAGCCCUUUAUCUCAGUCUCUGGAUCCUAAGCAUCAUGUGGGUAUGCGCUGCGCUCUGCACAGGGAAGAUUUCAGACAUUCUGUGGAUUCUACCUCUUAUUUACAUUGUGAAAGUUGUUCAGCUCUCCGAAAUCUUAAGAGCUCUGCUGAUACACAUACCAUUCCUAUAAAAUCUAAACAAAUCAUGGGCCAACAUAGUACCCAUGGCCACAUAUUGUCAACACCAGUAAGAUUGUCUGAAAGUGAAAGCAAGUUCAAUCUUACUACCCAACCUCAAAAUAAGGAUAAUCCUGAUGACAGCCUUUUUAAAUUUAUCAGUGCUAGAAAUAUCAACGAUGAGGCUGAUGUUGAAGAGGAAUGUCUUUCAAAGGAUGAGACAGACCAAGAAUAUGAGACAAAUACUGAAGAUGAAACAGAUGCUGAAGAUGAAACAGACACUGAAGAUGAAGAUAACAACAAAGAUAAGAAAGAUCCCAAAGACAAAUCUGACCCUGAUGGCAGUGAUCCUAAAGAUGGAAACUCUGAAAAUAAUACUGAUAGCAAUACUGGGUCUGAUCCUAAUGGUGCUUCUGGGCCUACAAGUGGAUCUGCUUCCAGCAAUGAUGGUGACUCUAAAAAUGUAACUGAUCGUAACAAUGAAUCUGACCCUGCCUCUGAUAAUGCUUCAAACAGUGAUGUUAACUUGAAAUAUAGCACUGAUUUAAACAAUGUUUCUGAUAUGGCAGAAGAUUUCAAUCAGCACAAUAAUGACACCAAGAGUAGCACAAAUCCAAACUCUGCCUUUGGAAACAAAAAUAGAACUGUGAUGGACUACAUUUCUGGUUCCAAUAGUGUUGUUGUCCCUAGCAAAGACAAUAGAAAAGGAAAUAUUUGCUCUGAGACUAUUAGACCAAUUUCCCAUAAUCUUGACUUUACAAAAAAUGAGACUGAUCCAAAUAACAAUCCCUUCCUCUCAAACAGCCAUGGAUGCCUAAAUGAUCUUGAGUCUAACUAUAAUACCAAACUCAAUAAUGCUGCUAGUCACAAUGUUGUUAAUCCUAACCAUAUUGCUGAGCCUAACAAUGGCACAGAACCUACUAGCACUGCUAUUCACAAACUAACAGCUGCCCUAAAAUAUUACUCAGACUUUAAUGUUGUCACAGGGUUUACAUACAAAGUAAGGUCAAGUUUUCUAGUCACCCAAAACUAUUUUGGCAAAAAGAAAUGUGCUACUAGACCCAGCUUUGCAUUUAGCAUUAUCAAUGCCAAUGAUACUAGCAACAUCACUAGCUAUACUGGUGCUAUUAGCUCUCAGUUUACUGCCAGAAAAAACUAUGCCCCAGAAAAUAAACAUUUCCCUAGAUUUAGUCAUUUUAAUGGUUUCAGCAUUACCAUCAAAGAUAACCAGAAAGCUAAUAAUUCUAUUAGUAUCAGCAAUAUUAACAUUCUCACUGAUACUGAAUUAAAAACCAGUUCCAUGUCAUCUAGUUUUAAAAUUGUUUAUGGAACUGUCUCAAAUUUUAUUGCUGGCACAAAUCAUACUUCUUAUCCUAUUUUUUUGAUAACCUCUGAAUUUUAUGAUUCACUUGAACUUGGUAGAGCUUACAUAAUUUUUGAUAACCAAAAUUUUAGUGCUCAGUUCCAAAACUCUGCUGGAUACACAUACUCUGAUACUUCUAAGUAUGCCUCUGGGUCAGUGGACUCCCUUGAUGCCAAAGAAUCUGGCUUUUUAAAAGAUUUUUGUAGGGUCCAGAAUCCAAUUGGCAUCAAGGAUCCUUCUCUUUUCAAGAUUCUUUCCAAUCAAAAUAUUCCACUCUCUAGCUUUGAUGUUAUAGUGGAAGCUGAGCUACCAGAUGUUGUGAAGUUUGCUAUAUCAUCAGGUGCUGUGAAUCAAUUAUUUAAGCUCAGCCUCCAAACAGGUAGCAGACAAAACGUUGGCUUUGAUUAAUGAAAAGAAUACCUUGAGAUGGAAAAGACUAAAGCACAACCAAGAAGGUUCUGAGGAUAUGAGCAAAUAACUUCAAAAUGAACUACAGAGAUCCCUGAAAAAUGUUUAUUUUAUGUUUAUUCUUAGAUAUUCUCCCCAUUAUAUGUCCAUGCUUUUAUUGUCUGUUGUGGCAAUAGAUAUUUCAAAGUUCCAUGUUGCACUUGCCACAUCCAUAUUUCUUACAUGUGGCAGACUCUGGCAUUAAGAAAAGGACAUACUAUA